AGUCCAUAUCUUGCAAGUCUUACGUUAUCCUUUAAGCCUUCUUCAGCUAAUACAACAACAAUUUUUGUACUUAAUGACGCUUAAUUUCAUUUUCUUAUCAUUUCCUUCGGGGGAUUAUUCAUAUAUAAAACUAUCUGCAACCGUUGGUACCAGCCUCAACUCUCCCUCCUAAGUGCAAUCAUCUAUUAUUGAGCGAGAGGCCGUACGUGGAAAUGUGUGUAAGAAGGUGGAUUUGAAGUAGAAUUGGUUACAAUCGAUCAAGGGUGAAGAAUAUUCCUGAUGUUAACAAAAGAAGCAGCUAUGUCUUUUUCUCAAUUUGGAUAUCCUUACAAUGCAACUUCACAGGUAAGACAAUAUCAACAUACUUUUUUCUCUCUCAAUUUCAAUGUGACAAAUAUGUAAACAAGCUAGCAUUAUUUUUUAUUUGAAGUGUUCACUGUAAUCUAGAUGCAGCACUGAAUAGUUGCUUUCAAAAUAUUGACAGGUAUUUUCAGGUGACGCUUUUGUUUAAUCAAAAUAUCGAUAGACAUAAACACAGGUCCAAUUUAAUUUAAUUAUGAAUGUACUCACGUGUUGUUUUGAUAAGACAAAAUACGUGUUUAUUAUUAAGCUAUACCUCCAUUCGCGUAGCCUAAUUGCGCUUUGAAGUUAACAGUGAACCUUCCCAACUUUCUAUUUCAAUCAGUUAAGAUCUCUGAAUUUGGUAUUGACAAUUACUAUUAUUUAGAAAACUUGAAGUAGGCGGACUGAUUUAUCGUUUAAAUAUAUUUGUUUGGUGACAACUGGACAAAUGUAUGCGCUAAAAGUUCUCAGAACUUUGAUUCAACUAGAAAUAAGUUAUUUUCCUCUAAAAGUUUUCAUCAAAUUUCAGUAGCCUACAAUAGCUUAGUCAUCCACUGUAUGGAUACUUUGAGAAUUCCUUUUCUAUCAAAUUAAAACCCAAAAUUAACUGAAACACAUUAUUUCCAAAACGGUACCCUAUAAUUUCACCUGGAUAUUAUGUAAAAUGCGAUCUUAAAACUGUUAAUAAAAUUAGGCAGACACACAGCACGCGUUUAUAUCUAGUCUCCAUCUUACCUGAAUUGUCCUGUAUCUCAAAACCAUAUCAAAAUAUAUUCUAGAUAUGAAGAUAAUAGAGCUCAUGCGCUAAACACGAAUGACAUGUCUAUCCUCCACAAUUCUCUUCAUGCAGUUUUUCGUGUCGGCAAACCCCAGUACGACUUGCUGCGAUUCGAUUUCCAGGUCGGUCUCUGACGGGACGAGCGGUACCCAGACUCCUGCUACCUUCUGCUGCCCUUCCUACGAGAACCGGCUCCUGGCCAGCACACGGACGGAGCUCAACGCGGCACUAGGGAUGUAUAGCUCACCCUACGCAGCCGCGGCCGCCGCCAGCCAGAACUAUGCCAGCUACUUCCCCUACAGCGCCGAGCCCUCCGCUGCUAUCUACUCAUCUCUGGUACAUCCCGUUUAAUCUGACAGUGAAUGGGGGUGGCUGGGAUGCGAUCGAUCAAGAUAGAUGUUGAUCAAAAUUACUCUCCAUGCUUCUGAACUUCAGCAAGUAUUUCCUUAUUGAAAUGACUUUGAGUAGCCUGCCUGCCUGAUGGAUGGACCGAAUAGACUCAUAUUUAAGCUACAAGUAGCCUCUUACGUUUGAAUUUGGAAGGGAGUAAAGUAGCAUACCAUUUACAUCAACUUUGUUUGCAAUAUUUAGAAACAUGUCAAAUAAAACAAAUCAGUAGAAUAUUUCAUGUGAAUGUGUUAACUUAUUGAACAAGGAAUACAUUUACCUAAGUGCUUCAUUAAUUUUUUUUCUUAUUUCAGAAUCCACAGUACGAAAUUAAGGAUGGCACAGGCACUCUGCAUUCUGGCAUAACUCAACCUGCCACCUACUUUCCUUAUGACCACUCACUGGGCCAGUACCAAUAUGACAGGUAUGGUACCCCACACAUUCCUUAUCUGUAGUGCAUCAGUUCAGCUAUUCCUUUUUAGUGUAAUAAAGCUAUAUAGCGCCAUGCUAUGCACGAGUAAUAACUUACAUUAAAGUAAUCUCCACUGCAUUCAAGGAAUCUCACACCUCCAGAGCAAAAGGUCACAAUCCAUGCAGCUCUAUACUGCUAGAUAAAACACAGCUGUAUAGCCUAUAUUUCAGACAACACUCCAGGAGUGCCAUGGGUCUGGGUGAAUAGUUUAUGAGCUUAUAUGCUAAUGUUGCUAAUGGCUAAUGUGUUGUCUGCUAUUACUACCAGGUAUGGGACUAUGGACUUCAACGGGUCAGCCAGGAGGAAGAAUGCCACACGUGAGACCACCAGUACCCUGAAGACAUGGCUGUACGAGCACAGGAAAAACCCCUACCCCACCAAGGGGGAGAAGAUCAUGCUGGCCAUCAUCACCAAAAUGACCCUCACCCAAGUGUCCACCUGGUUCGCCAACGCCAGGAGGAGGCUAAAGAAGGAGAAUAAGAUGACCUGGUCACCAAAGAAUAAGGCCGGGGACGACAGGAAGGACGACCUGGAUAAAAGUGACCAGGACUGUGUCACCAAAGGUACACAUCCUCUUCCCUCUUCUGUCUAGCAUAGCAUAUAAAAAACAAACAUCUUAGAGUUUUGCACAACGAUUUACAGUAGCUUGCUUCCUCUUAAACGUAUCCACAUCACCUACAAUAACAGCAAAGAUGUGGCUACUAAAACAUUUGAUUUGAUAAAAAUGACAGCUUCUGCUCCUGAAUAUCACUACUAUUCCACAUAUCAUGUUGUGUGUAUUGGACAAUUCAGAUUCCACUGUAUAUGAUACUGCUUCUACUCCUAAUAUCACCACUAAUAUUCCUGUAUAUUUCAUCAUUCAUAUUCCAGUGAAUAUGAUACUGCUUCUACUUCUAAUAUCACCACUAAUAUUCCUGUAUAUUUCAACAUUCAGAUUCCAGUGAGUGUAAAGAUGAGAAAGACCUUCAUCUGAGUGACCUGGAGGACAUGGAGGAUGAGGACUGUGACAAGCUGGACACUGACUGUGAGAAGAUGGCCCCCAGGGGCCCUGAGGAGCAGCAGGACCUCCACAGGGCCAUGUCCGGUGGUGGUGUUGGCCCUGGAGGCCCUCCAAAAAGAGACUGCAGCUUGGAGCUCUCCCUUUCCCUGCCCAACAGCUUCCAUCACUCCUUCCCAUGUGGUAUCAAGAGCCUACCCGCCCUGCCCUCUCUACCCGCCCUGCCAUCGGACUUCCUUGAUCCACUGGUGACGUCUAAGCCCCCCUCCACCACCACCAUCCCCACGGGCCCUCACACUGUGUCCCUGUCACACUUCGAGGUGUCGGACCGGGACAAGCCGAGGAUCUGGUCUCUGGCGCGUACAGCGGCCACGGGGGUCAUCCUGAGCUCUGCUCACCACGGGGCCUCAGAGCUCCGGACAGGGAGCAUGCUGGGAGACUGCCAGCUACAGGGGACCAGGCUACCAGUGAAUGGUACCGGACAGUGUGGGCCCCUCAGGGGCCUCCAAGAUCCUACUAACAUAUCCAACGCUGAGAACCCUUUCCAGGAGGGCCCCUUGUUGCACUCUAAGGUCUAUAGUGCGGGCAGCUACAACCACAAGGCCCUCCAACUGCACUGUUCCUCCUACCCUGCGCUUUCAGACUCAUGUCAGUACUCCACUAUCGAAGGUAUGUACGUGUUGUGACACUUUGUGUUACAUUUUGACAGUGCUUGCGAAAACAGUUGUGAAAUUACCAGUGAAAAGUUAUACAACAUUGAAAUGAGUUUCAGAAAUGCACAUUUCUUUCACUACUGUCAAAACAUUUAUUUACCAAAAAAUUGCUAUACAAUGCAAUAUUCCCUGGCUGCAGCAAGUUUCUUAGAGUGUGGUUUAUGUUGUUGUCUAGGGUUCUCGAGUGGGAAGGCAGAGACAGAGCCCUCGGAACUCAGUGACAUGUGUGUGACCCUGCAAGAUGACAAGGUCACUGCCUUCAGACCUGUGAUGAAGAGGUGAGGAAGGUGAGCCUUCACACACACACACACACACACACACACACACACACACACACAUUCAACUUGUAUAUCAUUCAACAAAGCAUCUAACCAUCAUCUGCUAAUCCAAUCAUUUGGAUUACACCAGUUGUACUGAAACUUUUCUAUACUAACACAGGUUGAUGGUAUUACAUAGGCUAUGUGAUCUUGUCUAUAAAGUGAAUAUGUUAUUGGAUUAUCUGAACGCCAUAUGUCAGUCUAUAGUUAAGGAAAUACUUAUGUUAUAUUAGAAUGUAUUUUCCUUUACUUUGAUAGCCGAGGAUUGACAUUGUAAUGGAUAUCAGUAAAUAAUAUGUUUUUGUUUUUCCUCUCUCUUCCCCUUAGGUUGAUGGACACGCAGUCAUUACACAGUGGGCCUUUUAUUUAGCCGGUAUUAGGCUAUGCACUAUAAAGACUUGGGAUGACGACGAGCAUCGGACAUUCUACCUACCUUACACCUUGGAACUGCGGCGCUCCGCAGUCAAAGCUAUAUGAGCCCUGUCCAAACUGUGGAAGCUGCCAUGAUUUUGCACAACGUUGUUUUUAUGGUGUUGACGAUGACUUUAUGCAAGACUCUGAAAUGCAACGGUGUGGGAACUGACGGUCAAUUCAUGAUGUAUGCAAUGGGCAAUCGUAGAGUAGCAAUGUUAUUUAUUUAUUUGUGUAUUUAUUAUUUGAUUCAUCAUCUGUUAAUUUAUUUCGUAUGUGUCAUUUAAAUAUUUGUGUUACAUGUAUGUAUUGUUUCAACUGUGGUUGUGUGCUAUUUUUCUCUGAUUUAAGGGAGAAAUACUUAGCUUGUUGUUGGUCUUUCUGUUCGCUAAAAGAGUGGGAUUUAUCGAGUUGGAAUUGGAAUAGUCAAUUGCGUGUGUGUCGACCUGGAGAAAUUGUUGAUUGUGUUGUGUUCAUCUCAAAGAUAAUUGUGAGCAUAUUCUGUGUUUGCCA